AUGGGCUUAGAAGAACUGAGUGGUUUCAUCACAAGAGUUGACAGCAAGAUCAGGCUUCUGUUGAAGGGGCUUAGAGCACAAGGCCACGAGAUGACUUUGGUAUUUGAAGCACUCCGAAACUAUCAAGAGAGCAUGAAGACAAGGCUCAAAGACGUCAUCAACAUCGCCUUUGAUACUAAAAACAAAGACGAAGCCCUCAUACGCUUUACGGAAUCCGAAGAGAGCAUCGCGCUUGUGGAGGCACUGACCCGUUUCUUCUGGAAAAAGGAGGAACAAAUCGAUGCUCGAUUGAACAAGUGCUGUGAAGUCUUCGGGGCAGUGGGGUGCCAGGAGCCAAAGGAAGAGAGCAGACCUGCAGAAGGCCCUGAUCAGGCAAAGGGUCAUGCUAAGCGCGAAGAAGAUAAAAAACUGGAUAAAAAGCCAAAGGGUCCUGCUAAGAACGAAGAAGGCCAAGAACUGGAUAUGAUUGAUUUGAAGGGCUCCAGUGAAGAAAGCGAAGUAGGAAAGGACACAAUCAAAGUUCUGCAGCCACAGAUGCCUUCAAUAGUUUCAGGGUCAUCAGUGGCUGAGGACAAUCUUGAACAUGAAGCUGCUAAGAGUGAAGAAGCUCAAGAACUGGAUUUAAACCCAAAGGAUCCUGCUAAGAGUGAAGAAGGUCAAGAACCGGAUGAAAAGGCAAAGGAUCCUGCUAAGAGCGAAGAAGAUCAAGUACUAGAUAUAGAGCCAACGGGUCCUGCUAAGAGCGAAGAAGCUCAAGAACCUGAUAUAAAGUUAAAGGGUCCUGCCAAGAGCGAAGAAGCUCAAGAACCAGAUAUGAAGCCAAAGGGUCCUGCUAAGAGUGACGAAGGUCCAAAACGGAAUAAAAGGCCAAAGGGUCCUGAGAGCGAAGAAACUCAAGAACCGGAUAUAAUCGAUUUGAAGGGCUCAGUUUCAGGGUCAUUAGUGGCUGAGGAAAAUCUUGAACAUGCAGCUGCUCAUCCCGGGAUCCAUGUCAAAUUCUCUCAACUGAUUCGUGGCAUUCAAAGAGUUGAUGAGAAGAUCGAGUCUCUGCUGACGAAUGUUCAGGGAAAUAGUGGUGAGAUGAAAUCUGCAGUUGAAAAGAUGAAGGAUAGUCAAGAAGGCUUGAAGGCGAGAUUAAACAAACUGAAAGAAAGGUGCUUCAAAACUGUCGGGAAAGAGGAAAAUCUUGAAGUUGUUGGGAGCACAGCCAGGGGUGUUCUGGUUCUAAAGUCAGUGCUCAGAUCACUCACAGAGGAAGAGCAAGAAAUCGAGGCUCAGGUGGACGAGAGGAUGGCCUCCCUGCAGGUCACGGCCCCCAGAGACAGCAGUGGACUUCUUGGAACGGCAGAUGAAGAGAAGCCGAAAGAGAAUAAAGAGCCAGACGGAGGCACAUUUAAUGUGGAAAGCUCUAAUGACAGUUUAACAAGGCCUGAUCCCGUGGUGCCCGAUACUGGCAGAUCAGAGGAAGUGAUGACUACUGGCAUUUCUGUGACCGUAGAAGCCGAACCCGGGUCUGAGGAAGACCAAUUGAGUGCACAUGAUCUCUCACUGCCUGAGUCAGCUGAUCUGGAAAAUCUUGUUGAUCGUAAGUUGACCGAGUUUAUCAAUCUCGGUAUUACUGAGGAAGAUUUCAAGGCCAUGGAUGAAACUAGAAAAAUAGAGAUCGAGAUUGGGGAUAUGCUGAUGAGUUUGCAGAAAAGCUUUGCACAAGGCUUGAUGCACCAUGCGACCAAGAUCCAUGUCGAGGUUUCAGUCAUGCUAGCCGAGCUCUUCCUUUUACUAUCAACAAAUGUGAAGGAAAAACUGUUCAAGUUCCAAGCAUUCAGGUCCUGUCUGAAGGACAUUGAGGAGGAUAAGAGUGACGCGAAAGUGGUCAAGUGGAUCCUUGAGGUGCUGAAGGUGGCAGAUGAAGAAUUGAAGAAGAUGAAGACAUCCACUCGUCAAGGACAAAAAUGUUGA